AGCUGAAAAGAUGGCGGGCGGACCGCAUCAUUUUAGUACCGUCGCCCUACUUUCGCUUGAUCCCGCACAGCUGUAGCGUUUCAACAACAUCUAGAACCCGCAGUCUUAAGGGCGAACGCAGUGUUUCAAAGAAUAACGAACUCCAACGUGAACCUCUGAAUGCAACGCAACAUGGCGUUCGCCAUCAAUGCCGUAGACGCCAUCCUGAGCGACAGUCUGACGGCUCCAGGCAAGACGAAGUCGUCUGUCACCGGACACAACAUCGACACCGAGCUGCCGUUCGACAAGAUGGUGAAGUGCGUCACUGUGGGCGUGCCUCUCUUUCUCAUGUCCCUGUACUUCGCCAAGGAAUUUGCCACAGAGGACUCUGUGAUAGCAUGCUUCCCACCUCAGGACUUUGGGUCAGCACAUGGGAAGUACCUUAAUGUCUACUGCUGGACAGAGUUGAAAUUUUCUAGGAUCGCGUCGGGCUGGGCUAAUACCACAGAUGGAGAAAAGGUGAUAACACAGCCGAUGUCGCUCUUCCAACACAAGAUCUUCCCCUACAUCCUCCUCUGUAUCGGCGCCAUCAUGUACCUGCCUGUUGUCUUCUGGAACGUUACGGCUGUGCCGACUUUACAGGCUGAGAUGAGUGUGAUCCUGACGGAGUUUGACAACACGUUCAGCCGGGCUGUCCAGCUGGCGUGUGAGAUCCUGGGAACACGUGACCCGGGCGACUUGACCAUGACACGGGCGGAGUUCGACUCCGAGAUGGUGAAGGUAAAGACUGAUAAGCCGUACGCCUUCCUGUUGUUUGAGAACUACCUCCUGUGUAAGGUCAGGAAAAACCAGCUCAUCCGGCUGUACCUCGUCAGACAGGCCCUGGUCCUGCUCGGCAUCGCCUGCACCAUCGCUUAUCUGUUGUUCUUCUACUUUGAGAACCUUCCGGACGAGUUUUCCUGUAACAUCCGUUCCGGAGAGCUGCUGGUCAUGAAGAACAUCCCCGAGGCCGUCAACUGCAAACUGCCCGGGGUGGCCAUGUUCCGCAUCGCCUGUAUCAUCAACAUCGCCUUCUACAUCCUCAUCGCUCUGCUCAUCUUCGUCUACAUCAUCAUCAAAUAUGUAGGGAAGAAAAGGGACAACGUGAAGCUGUUCCGGAUGCUCCCGUUUGUGUGUAUAGAGAAGGACGCGUUGGUUCCCGAGAGCUGGUUCAGCGAUAUCAACUUGCUGGCGGUGUACCUGGCGAGUAACGUGACGGAAGUCAAGUCGUACUACCGCCUGUCCGAAAUCAGGUGUCUUAAACACGCCAUGGAGGGAGACCAGGCGAAGGACAAGGAUGGUAAGCUGAAAGGAGUCAUCACUGGUGACAACACGUCCCUGGACGGCAAAGUGGGCAUACCUCUCAAGGACCCAGACGAAGAAGUCAGCCCCCAUGACGUGACCGUCGGUGAUCUUGUCAACCUGAUUGGCGAGGUGUCAACUACGGCCACGUCUGUCUCUCUGCCGCGGUUCGGGUCCAUUCUGAGACACGGGAGAGCAGGGAGCGGACCGGCGAGAAAGCGGGCGGGGCAGGGGCAAGGGCAGGACAAGACAGGCACAUCGCCAGAAAAGGAGAUGCAAGACUCUGGGCCUUUGUAGUCGUGAAGUCUACCUUCUGCUAUAUGGGAAACAACAGUCGAGACUCUUAACUGCAAACCACAAGCUGAUAACAGCAGCCAUGCACAAGUAACAAACUGUAACCAGACUUCACACAAUUAAAGAAACAAGAUGACCAAGAAAGGCUACGUCAGGAAUACUGCAAAUUACUAAUACAAGAAUUUCCACAAACUUGCCCCUCGUUGUAUAAAAUCUGACUUUUAUAGCGAUGGACUUGGGCCAGAACACCUUUGUACUUUUAAAGAUUUAGCAAAUUGUAGUGAUUUAGGCAUGCCUAUACUCUAUGCACACUGCUGUCUGUUUGUAUUGUGUUGGUGUGAUACAUAAGAAGAUGUGGCAGUUUGCAAGACUUUUUAAAGCAAAGUACACUAUGUGAUUACUUAGUUAUUGUGUCCUUUUCAGCUUCAGUAUUGUACAAUAUUUACUUGCAAGUGUUUUUUGGAUAAUAUCUAACUAUGCAAAUGUCAUCAAACUUUGUAAGUGUGUUUUCAUAUUGUUAAAGUUUAAUUCAGAGGUAUUUUUGUAAGUCUCUAUAUCAUUAUUACGCUGAUGUAGUUACACAUACUAUGUGAUUUGAAUUAGCAAAUACAAAGAAAACACAAGGAAAUGUUACGAAUAGAAUGCACUAAACCACAAAAGUAAAAUUGUUUUAUCUUAACAAGCUCCAAGAUAUUUUGAUACAAAUUGUGCACACAUGCUGAUAUGUUGUACCUUAUAACACACAUUCACCAUAAUGCUGUACAUAUUGGUAAUGCCACUGUUUUAUCCCAUAUGUGUGACCACAGCAAACUACCACCUCUAAAAGUGUACUUUUAAAGCUGCCUCUUUUUUAUGUACAACAAAGCAAACAGCAGAAAUAAAUGUAUCAAUCAUG